AAGCGAGCGCUCACUCGGAGAGUCCAAAGCAGCAGUGACAGCCACCCAGAGCAGGAGGGAGCGAGAUUCCAAGCCGCAACCUACAGGACAUUGUCGAUUCAAAACGUGACAGUAUGACAGGGCCGGGGAGAUUGUUGUUCUGGUUCCUCAUCUGUAUCCAACUGGCCGUAAGUGACACAACGACCAGCAGAACGACAAUGACAACGAGCACUAUUAACACCAUGUCUACUCCCAGCCAUCACAGCACCAUUCCCAACACCACCCCGCAGGACACAACGACCAGCAGAACGACAAUGACAGCGAGCACUAUUAACACCAUGUCUACUCCCAGCCAUCACAGCACCAUUCCCAACACCACCCCGCAGGGAGAGACGGUGAAUACUCCCGACGAUCCCAAAAUUGUGACCAAAAGUGUUGUUCCCACGGACAUGUCAGCUGGAUUAAGCAAGGGGACAUGGACAGGAAUCCUUGUGAUGAUAUUUCUACUGUUUCUGGCAAUCAUUAUGGGAAUGGCACGUUACACAUGGGAAAAAGAGCAUCAGCACACAGAUAUUCAGGCUUAACCCAGUGUCGGGUCCUUGCCCAGCCUGUGGUUUGCCUUCGAAGUAGUUCCAGUUUCAACCUCGCUGGAUAUUUCGGACCGCUAAAUGUGCAAUUCAUCCUCCUCUCCCUGUUGCCCACUCGCUGCUUGGGAUGGAAAUUAGAUUGAAGAGUCUUUCCAGAGAUUGGAGACCCCAUUGAAUGCACAGCAACCAGGACUGCGACAUGCAGUGAAAUGAAGAAUAUUCUGUUACCGAUUCACUGGAGAUCCCCGAGAAUAGCUGCAGCUCGUAUUUCAGAACUGCCCAGAGCUGGGGCUGGGGCUUGAGGGUUCUCACGGUCUCUGGGUGAAGGGGCCGGCCAUUUUGGACAUAGACGAGGAGAAACGUCCUCACUCGGAGGGUGGUGAAUCUUUGGGAUUCUCUCCCCCCACCCGGGAAGCUGUGGUUGCUCCGUCGCUGAGUAUAUUCAAGACUGAGGUCGACAGGGUUUUUGGGCACUGAGGGAUAGGGAGGGAUGGGGGAGCUGAGGGAGGAGAUCGGCCACAAUUGUACUGACUGGGGUAGCAGGCUCAAAGGGCAGAAUGGCCUCCUCCUGCUCCCAGUGAUGAUGCCCUCUAAAUCUACUGUCCCAAACAAAUAAAUCAAGGAAUCCGC